GAACUGAUAGCCCUUCUCCUUGCUGGUGUAGUCAAGCGACAAAGGAAGAGCAGAAAGAACAUCAGAUUGGGGCAGCUCGAUCUCUAGGUUUUCCACCCUUUCCUAAUCAAUGGAUAGUUUCGCGCUCCUUUCCAGAUUCUCCCUUCUUGCCGCGGGUCCAAAUCCCCACGAGGUCAUCAGCCGGCGGCGGCCUACUCUUUUUUCCUUUCCCCCUCUACCUGCGAGAAGAAGCAGAAGGGUAGGAAGCAGAGGAGGUCCUGGAUUCGUUACCUUCGCUCUAACGAGUGGAAGCAGCGAUCGAGCCUCAUCUAGUAUUGGGAAAGAGCUCAAUACGCAGUUUUUUGCUAGUGUUACGUCUUCUGGCAACGGCCAAUUGACAACAAGUAGCGCAAAUACCCCAAUUCCUGUGCUGUCAUCAUCGUCAUCCAUGGGUUCACCACUGUUUUGGAUUGGAGUUGGAGUUGGUCUGUCAGUCAUUUUUCAAGUGGUUGCGAAUAGAUUAAAGACAUAUGCCCUUCAGCAAGCUUUCAAGACGAUGAUGAACCAAGCAGCACCUCAAGGCGAACAAUUUAACAGUCCUCCGUUUGGAUCAAGCCCACCGUUUCCGUUUCCUACUACAAUAAUGCCUCCACAAAAUCCCACACCACCACCACCUAAACAGGUUUCUGUGCAGGAACCAGUUACAGUAGAUGUUGCACCAACUAAGGUUGAAUCAACCUCGUCAUCUGAGGUUCAGGCCCCAAAAGAAGAAUCACAAUCGAAGAAAUUUGCGUUUGUAGAUGUUUCUCCAGAAGAACUAUUUCACAAUGAACGUUCCUUUAUGAAUGAGGCAUCAAAGGCAAGCACGAUGGAGACUCAAUCCGCUAAGGAAAUACAAACGAAUGGAACUGUAAAACAGAAUGCAAGUUCUUCAACCGAACAACCUGAUUAUCGUCAAUCAUCAUCAUCUCCCUUAUCAGUUGAUGCAUUGGAGAAAAUGAUGGAGGACCCUACUGUGCAGAAAAUGGUUUACCCCUAUUUACCUGAAGAAAUGAGGAACCCAGAGACAUUCAAGUGGAUGAUGCAAAAUCCUCAAUUCCGGCAACAAAUGCAAGAUAUGCUGAACAAUAUGGGUGGAAAUAAUGAAUGGGACAACCGCUUAACAGAUUCCUUGAAAAACUUUAAUCUCAACAGUCCUGAGGUCAAGCAGCAAUUUGAACAGAUAGGACUUACACCAGAAGAAGUUAUAUCUAAGAUAAUGGCCAAUCCUGAUGUUGCCAUGGCGUUUCAAAAUCCUAAAGUGCAAGCUGCCAUAUUAGAUUGCUCUCAGAAUCCACUUAGCAUUGCAAAGUAUCAGAAUGACAAGGAGAUCAUGGAUGUGUUCGCAAAGAUCUCAGAACUCUUUCCUGGUGCAUCGGGGUACCCAUGAAGGACUCAUUAAUUCAAGGUUCGUAGGAGAAAUUUUGUUGGUUGCCAAAAGGAUGGCGCAAAAGGCAACCUGAGUGCUGACCGUAGAUCCUGGAAGUUGGUCUGGUGUUUGAGUCUGGUUAUUCACAUACUAAAAUAUGUGAUUAAGGUAACCUCACACUUUGUUCCUUCAUGAAAAACAGCAUUACAUAGUUUGGAAGGACCCUUGGAACUUAGUUAAUAUCUUCGUGUAACACUAGGUUUAGUUUCCCUUCCUACCAUAUGUCACAACUCACAACGAUGAUAGUAACGUGUGAUUUCUCUUUAAUAAGGCGAGGUUUAUGAAGAAAUAAGAAUGGAACUUACAUUUUAUUUUA